CAUCAAAGCGCGCGGUGACAGCGGGAAGGGAAGGGGGUGGUACUGGUAGCUGUUGUCUGAUCCACAUUAUUACAGAUUUAUCCCAUUAAUUUGCUGACAGGAGGCCCUUGGGAUGCCAAAGAAGUUCCAGGGCGAGAACUCAAAAGCAGCCACCGCCAAAGCCCGCAAAGCUGAGGCCAAAGCAGUGGCAGAUGCACGCAAGAAACGAGCGGAGGAGGAUGCUCUGUGGCAGGAAACAGACAAACAUGUGCUAAAGAAGGAGCAGAGGAAGGAUGAUAAAGAGAAAAAGAGACUGGAACUUUUGGAGAGAAAAAAGGAAAACCAGCGACUCCUGGAUGAGGAAGCGUCUAAAAUCAAAGGAAAAUCCACAAAAGAGGCCGGAACCGGAGGAAAAGUGACCCGGGCCCAGAUUGAACAGACGCUACAGAAUGAGCAGCAGAAACAACAGCAGCAGGAGCAACCCAAAGAAAAGACUCAUUUGGAAACCCCUCUGGAGGAGAAUGUGAACAGAAUAAUCCCAGAGGAAGGAAGUGUGGAAGCUAGAACCAUAGAAGAUGCCAUUGCUGUUCUCAGUACCGGACCAGAGGAUCUUGACCGACACCCUGAGCGCAGAAUGAAAGCCGCGUUUGCCUCCUAUGAGGAAACCAACAUGCCUCGUUUAAAACAGGAGAACCCAAACAUGAGGUUGUCCCAGCUCAAGCAGCUGCUGAAAAAGGAGUGGACAAAAGCCCCUGAGAACCCCCUGAACCAGCAGUUUGCUACCUACAAUUCAAAGUGAACUCACAGUUUUCUUACCCACCAGGAGUAACCUCAACACUUACUGAUAUAUGGAAAGCCCAAAUUACUAAGGCUUAAAAAAGAUACUCACGUGUUUAUCAAAAUGAAUUAGGGUUUAGCCCCUGUGAUAACUGCAUCAGCUAUGUAUGUGUGGUUUGUCAUAACAGACCAGUCGCAUGCUUUUAGCACUCAAUGAGCAAGCAGUUGGGAACAUGUCAGUAAUUUAUUAAAGUAAAUCACUCAUUCAUCACCACAUCUUUUUGGCCUGAUAUCUUGUUCUUUCUCAACACAUGAUUGAGAUUUGCCAAUAUAUUUUGUUGCCAAACCUA